AUCCCAAAAGCAACAAUAUGGCAUUCAAGUUUGUUUUCGCACUCGCCUUCGUCGCCGUGGCCAGCGCUGGCUAUGUGCCCGAGGCCUAUCACGCAGCUGGUCCAGUUGCCACUUACGGUGCGCCCGUGGCUGUGGCCCAGAAGGUGGUGGUCAAGUCCGACGAGACCUACGAUCCCCAUCCCCAGUACCGUUUCUCGUACGGAGUCGAUGACAAGCUGACCGGUGACUCCAAGGGUCAGGUGGAGGAGCGCGAUGGUGAUGUCGUCCGUGGCGAGUACUCGCUGGUGGAUGCCGACGGCUACAAGCGCACCGUCCAGUACACCGCCGAUCCCGUCAACGGCUUCAACGCUGUGGUCAACCGUGAACCUCUGGUCAAGACCAUUGCCGCUGCCCCUGUCGCCCACUAUGCCGCUCCCGCUGUCGCCCACUAUGCCGCCCCCGCUGUUGUCAAGACGGUCGCUCCAGUUGCCCACUAUGCUGCUCCAGCUCCAGUGGCUCACUAUGCCGCCCCAGCUGUUGUCAAGACUGUUGCUCCUGCUUACUCCACCUAUGCUGCCCCAGCUCAAGUGGCCCACUAUUCAGCCCCAGCUCAGGUGGCCCACUAUGCUGCCCCAGCUCAGGUGGCCCACUAUGCUGCCCCCGCUGCCCACUAUGCCGCUCCAGCUGCGCACUACGCCACCUACUCCGCACCAGCCGUCGCCUACCAUCACUAA